UUUACUGCAUACGAAAAAGUUUUGUGGUUUAAAUUUAACACGAAUCUUUAAUACUAAAUUUGUUCAGUAAUUGGAUAAUAGGGCGUUAUUUUUCUGUGCCCCAAGCUUCCCAACUAAUCAAAUAACCUCCAAAAAUAAUUUUUUUUUCCAAUAUAUUUUGGUUAGAAAUGUCGAGUCUUAUUAAAGCACUUACACGUUUAUCGAUUCUGGAAGUUGUUAGUUUACAAAAGACAAACGUGCGGUCUAAGACAAAAUUCGUAGAAAAACCCGUAACAGGUCACGGAAUAGCAUUUAGAAGAAAAGUGCAUUUUCCUGAAAAGUACACUGUUGAGCCAUUGAAGGUGACAAAUUUAGCAGGCAGGGAUCCCAACACGGGUAGAGUUGUUUGUAACGGCAUUGGGGGUGGUAUCAAGCAUAAAUAUCAUUGGAUUGACUGGAAAAGGGUAGGUCCAAAGGAAGGUCCCCCACAAGAAGAAAAAGUGAUUAAAAUUAUAAAGGAUGGUUGUCGAACAGCAUUCAUUGCACUGGUUGCUUAUCAGGACAAAUUAAAAUAUAUUCUAGCCACUGAGAAUAUGAAAGCUGGCGAUAUUAUUAAGACGUCUUGUCAUAUACCUAGAAUACCAGUGAAGGCGAAUGAGGGAGAUGCUUAUCCAUUAGGUGCUCUUCCCACAGGAACAAAAAUUAAUUGCGUUGAGAAAUAUCCAGGUUUAGGGGGCUUCCUAGUCCAUGCGGCAGGAGGAUAUGCAACAAUUGUACGUAAAGAGUCAAAUAAUCAUGUUGUAAUCAGUGUUCCUAGUAAGAGAGAAUUCAGUUUACCAGAAACAUGUAUGUGUACAGUUGGAAGAUUAAGUAACGUGGAGCAUGACAGUACCCCAAUUGGAUCAGCACAAAAAAAUCGAGAAUUGGGAAAUCGCCCCCGAUCAGGAUGGUGGCAAAGAAAGACCGGUAAGCAUGGUCGCAAACUACGUAGACCACCACCUGUAAAAACAAUUGGACCAAAAAAAAUAAGCACUACUGAAGUUGUAUCCCUAACCUAUAAUGGACCUUUUGUUAAAACAAUGCCAAGUCAAUUUCAUUACUAAAAUGUAGUAGAAAGAAAUAAGUUUAAUAAAUAUCAGUGAGAAAAAGGGUUUUGUUAAUUAUGGAAGAUAAUUUAAUUUUUGUUUCAAGGAACAAUACAUCUUGCAAUUUUCUUGAAAUUUGCCCACAAGCUAGAAGAAGAAGAAGAAUAAUUUGUGAGGUUAGGUCUGUAGGUUAUGUGUAAACAUUCUCAGCUGUGUGUUUUUAAUAUUACUUUUAUUUGUAAUUUAAUGUAAUGACUAAAAAACACUGGAUAUCUGUUUGGCACUAUAAUUCUUCAAUUGGGCCCAAUUCUCAGUAUGUCGAGAUUACGUGUUGCUCAUCAGAUUCAGAGAAUGAUUCCAGUAAUGCCAUAACAAACUCCUAUUCAAAUUUAGAGGACGCUUUAAUAUCUGACGGGAGCAGAUUAACUUUAGAAAAUAGUUUAAUAAAUUCCCCAAUUAUUGGCGGAAACAGUGUGGAGUUGUCGGAGUUGUCGCCAGAAAUAUCUCAAUGCAAACCAUUUACAUUUCCCACACCACUAUCCCCUGUGAUAAAAAAACGACGUAAAAUAUUUAAGACAAGGAAAAAACAUUUAGUUGAAAUCACAAAGGCAAGGGCUGAGAUUUUUUCUCCAGAUUUAUUUAAAUACUCAGAAGUUGAAUGUGCGUCUCCUACAUUAGAUUUGUUCAGUCAAGCCAGUAAAUGCAUUGAACCAUUUCCUAGCCAGUUGGGUUCUGAAGUUGUUGCACUUGAUUGUGGCUCAAGUUCGUUGCACCAAAAACCUCCAAGAAAAAAACGAAAAUUCAAGAAGGAAAGUUUAGCAUACCAAAUGCAAAAAGUACUGAAACAUCAGAAGGCACGAAUUUCAAUAUGGCUUCAUGAAAAGGAUAAUGAUUUAGAGGAUCAUCUUGUGCAAUUUGAGGAUGAGCCAUUGAUAUUUUUUGUUUGUAAAUUGUGGAAAGAAUAUGGUAAUACUAUACUAGAAUGCAAACAGGAUUUUUCUGCUGAUGUGACUGGUACAAAAUGGUUUAUGGUGGUAGUUGGAAUAAAUACUAUAGCAAAUAUUAAAUGGGAGAUCUCAAAAAAAUACAUUU